UUUAUAAAGUAAAAAAUUUCAUUUAUCUUUUUUCGUCAUCUAAUUAAUAUAAAAUAUUAAUUUUGUAUUUAUUCCAUAGAAUCUAAAAAUAGAAAGAAAACGCCGGGAAAAUAAAAAUAAACCAACUUUUGCGUAAUAAAGUUGAUGAUUGCGCAAUACGUCACCCGGCAUUGAAAGUCAUUAUCUAACCAUUUUUAUCGUUAUUGUUAACUAAGUAGAAAAACAAGUAACUAAUAAUCAACUAACAGGUAUAAAUCGAUUAAAGCACAUAUGAGUCAACAAGUCGUGAAUCGCGCCAUUUUUGCGUUUGGACGCACAACAUUCACUUCGUUCGCAAGAGGAAUUCACGUGUCUCCAAGAAACAUGGUUAUUGCUGUUGGUGACAAAAUCCCUUCGGUGGAUUUGUACGAAAAUUCGCCAGCAAAUAAGGUGAAUUUAACUAAAGAAGGAUCCGGUAAAAAAAUUAUUGUUUUUGCCGUUCCUGGUGCAUUUACUCCAGGUUGUUCUAAGACACAUUUACCCGGGUACAUACAAAAAGCCAGCGAAUUAAAAUCUAAAGGCAUCGCAGACAUUUAUUGCAUUGGAGUAAAUGACGCCUUUGUCAUGGCUGCUUGGGGAAAAGAUCAAGGGGCUGAAGGAAAGGUACGAAUGCUUGCCGAUCCAUCGGCAGCUUUCACAGAUGCUUUAGAAUUGUCAGUGGAUCUUCCACCACUCGGUGGAAAAAGAAGCAAACGAUAUUCAAUGGUUGUUGAAGAUGGUGUUGUAAAAGAAUUAAAUGUCGAGCCAGACAACACGGGUCUCAGUUGCUCCUUGGCUGACAAAAUUAAAGCCUAAUUUUUUCCAUUUUCUACCAGGAAACUUUAACUCUAUUUAAUGAACAUUUAAAUCAAUGGUUGUUUCUCAACCACUUUUCGUAUAAUAAUUUCAAGUGAUAUUUCCUCAAGUAUAAAAACUGAUUUCUAAUUCACAAAUCUUUAAAAAAAAAUUUUUUAAAGUAAAUCAAUAAUUUUCAAUAAUACACUUUUCCACAAUCUCAAGAUUUCUUUAAUUUCUCUUGUGUAGAAUACUUUUUACUUGUUAGGUUUACAACAUUCACUUUUUUUUUUAGUAAAAUUACACUUUUGUAGGAAUUUUUCAAAUCUCGUUGAAUUAUUAUCUCCACUGUAGUUUUACGAAAAAUGCAAACUCAGAAUUGUAAAUUAGAUAUGUACUUUAUUUUAUAUUUCUCAACGGAAUAAAAAUACUUUAGAUAAUAGAAAAUACAUUGUGAAUGUAGGUAUUUGUUUUUUAAAGUAAUAUAAAAAGCAGUUUUUUUUA